UUUACUCUCAUUUACCUCAGGGGAGAAUAACGUACUCAGCUGUACUGGGGUAGAAGAACAACGCGGUUUUGGAAAGUGGCCAUUUUCACUGUUCACUGCACAGAUAAAAAGGAAAAAGAUCUGCUUGUGGAGAGUCCAAAGGAACAUGUUCAUCUUCCAGAUAAAAGAGCAUCGGUGGCUUCUUAUCUGAUCCAUCCAAAGUUACCAUCAUCACCCAUGUAGCCUCGUCCACACGCAGCACAGCCAUGAUAACCGCACACAUGAAUGGUUAUGUGGAGAAUUUUGAAGCAUUAGACAAUUCAGAGAAAGCCCACCAGCUCAGAGACAUGGCCGUGGAGUGUCCCAGUGAAGCAGUUUCACCUCCUGGACUCCAGACCCGCUGCAGCAGCAAGAUGGAACGGAUCCAGAACUACCAGGAGGAGCUGAGGAAGAAGAGGGAGGAGGAAGGGCGCUAUCGGAACCUCAACACCAAACUGAACACGUCCUCGCAUAAACUUAAUAAACUGUCUCAAAGCCCCAAGAUGGGCAUUGAAAACCCCACAUUCGAGAAAGCAGAGACCCCAAAGCAGAGCACACCGGAUCAGGAGGCAGCGGUUAACACUGAGUUGGACGACCUGCUCCAGUCUCUACAGCAUGUGCGGUACAGUCUGAGUGAUGCUGAGAGUCAGGCGGAUGUGCAGGUGGUAAUGGAGCUUCUGCAGCAGAGUGAAUUCCAGCAGGCGUUCAGCAUGCACAGCACUGUGGCACUCGGUGUCAGAGCCAUCAACCCACCGUAUCCCAUCACUGCCCGCGCUCAGCACCUCUGCUAUGAGGUGCAGAAUGUCUUACAGUUCACCAAGCAGAAGGAGGGGAUUGAGCUCAAAGCCCUGCUGACCAACCCACACGUUCAGGCUCUGAUGGAGGCUCAUGACUGUGUGGCCGAGCGGGAGCUGGACCCAGAGCUCAGUUUGGCCCAGUAUGGAGGAGAAACAGUUAAGCUGGUGCGUCUGGAGAAGGCCCGGGACAUACCACUGGGUGCGACAGUGAGGAAUGAGCAUGACUGUGUGAUGGUGAGUCGGGUGGUGAAGGGCGGCGCAGCAGACAGAAGCGGCCUCCUCAGUGAAGGAGAUGAAAUCCUGGAGAUAAAUGGUAUCCCUGUCCGAGGCAAAAACAUCAACGAAGUCCACGACAUCCUGUCAAACAUGCAUGGGACCCUCACCUUCCUCCUGAUCCCCAGCUCACGGCACAAAGCCCCGGCACACAGGCAGACUGUGAUGCAUGUGAAGGCCUAUUUCAGCUAUGAGCCUGCAGAUGACCCGUACCUGCCCUGUCGAGAGCUCGGUCUGUCCUUCCAGAAAGGAGACAUCCUGCACGUCCUCAGCCAGGACGACCCCAACUGGUGGCAGGCCUACAAGGACGGAGAUGACGACAAUCAGCGGCUGGCUGGCCUCAUACCUGGGAAGAGUUUCCAGCAGCAGAGAGAAACUCUGAAGAAAGCCAUCACAGACCGAAAUCCAGAUAAUCCAGGAAAACUUUGGUAUGUCAAGAAGAUCAAGAAGGCAAGAAAAAAGAGCCUUUAUAACCCCAGCAGGAAUGUAGAAUGCUACACAGAAGAUAUUCUGACCUAUGAGGAGAUGGCACUGUACCAUCAGCCAGGCAACUGUAAGCGACCCGUGGCCCUGGUUGGUCCAGCAAACAGCGGCCAUGAUGAUCUGAGACAAAGACUGCUGUCUGUAGAGCCGGAGCGGUUUGCCGGUGCUGUGCCACACACCACUCGGAGCCCCCGGGCCACUGAGCUGAACGGGAGAGAGUACCACUUUGUGUCGCGGUCAAGUUUUGAGGCCGAUGUGACAGCAGGGAAAUUCGUUGAGUUUGGAGAGUAUGAGCGCAACCUUUAUGGCACCAGCGUAGACUCAGUGCGGGAGGUGGUGAACACUGGCCGCAUCUGCGUGCUCUGUCUCCACACACGAUCUCUGCGUGUGCUUCGCUCCACUAAUCUCAAACCAUAUGUCAUCUUCAUCGCUCCUCCUCCACAAGAGCAACUGCGCACACUGCUGUUCAAAGAAGGAAAAAACCUCAAGCCUGAGGAGCUGAAGGAGGUGACAGAAAAGGCCCGGGAGAUGGAGCAGAACUACGGCCACCUGUUUGAUGCGGUCGUGGUGAACAGCGAUGAGGACACAGCCUUCUUCGAACUCCUGCGGCUCAUCGAUAAACUGGACAAGCAGCCUCAGUGGGUUGCGUCCUCCUGGCUCUGCUGAGUCCACACCAGCACCGCAGCAAUACUCCAAACCCAGAGUCAUCAUUUACCUCACUGUGGAGAAGCCCUUUGAGACUGCUUACCUGAACAUGAGCCUUCUCAGUGUGAACCAGGACGACAUGAACUGCAGCCAGACAGUCUUCUUUCAGCAUUCUUUUUGGUUUAUAGUGUCACCAUUUAGAAUCUGGCAGUGUGUUGGGACGCUGGACAUCUUCCUGAUUUCAGGUGAUAUUUGAAAGGAAUUUUUAAGAUGAUUUUCCCCUCUUACCCCAAAAACAGCCAGUCAGACAACACCUUUUGUUUGGUGUCUAAAGUUUGCUUCUUUAGUUUUGCACUGAAGCUAAAAACAGCUUCUCAUUUUUAUAAAUAAAUUGGCCCCAAAAGUAUUUGGACACUUUAACCAUUAGUGAACUUUCUGUUGGUUGCAUCAUAAAACGACUAAAAAAAUGAAAACACUUUUAGCUCAACGUGAAAGUGAUGGUGUGGAGAAAAGCCAGACUGUUCUGUAAAGCACAGAGAUGAAAACAAAAUCUGGGGCUGUUUUUCUUACAGUGGUGUUGCUGAGCUUGUGUUUAUUGACGGAAUCAUGAACUCAAAAGUGCACAAAGACAUUUUGGAAAACCUGCAGAAGUCAGAAAAGAAGCUGAUGACAAUCUGAAAUUAACCAGAAUACUUUGCAGUAAAGAAAAACAGCUACAACUCCACCUGUAGGAUUUUUUUUCCGUUUGUUAAGUUUGUCGAUGGAGGCUGUGGAAACAGAAAUUAUUAGUGAUAUUUUUUGAAUGUUGAAACAAGUUUUUCUUUAAGGUGUUUCGUGAGAAAGGUCCUAUGAAAAAUCUACGUCAGACGUAUUCUUAAAGCGCAGAACCGUUCUUACCUUUGUGUGUGUGUAGAUUCUGUUCUUACCUAAGAACAAAUUCCAAAUAAGAAAACACUUAUG